CAGACCGUCCUGGCAGAUAAAAACGCAGGGGCAGAUUCCAUUCCUAAGAUCCUCAUAGACAUCUUUACUGGCUAGCGGAACCGCGGCACAGGAGACGUCAGGCUUUGCGGGCAGAGCCAACUUUGUCCUGAAGGGUGAUACUUGAAAUUUCGGCGGCGCUGACGACCAAGGCCACCAGCAUCAGCGAUAUAAUGGCGUCCCAAAAGUGUAUGAUGUGUAUGGCAGUCCUGGUGAUGGCCUGCUUUAUUUCCACCACCACUGCCCAGAUGCCGGCGGUCGACCCCAACUUCAAGAUGCCGAAGAACAUCAAGAGCUACUCAGAAUAUCUCAAAUACGUGGGGAUGGCCCAGGGAAUCCUGCCCAUAGAGCCUCUUGCUGAGGAGGCUUUUGCACCAGGACCAAGCCAGGGUGUGGAGGCACCUUCCGGAGCGCCUGCAGCAGAGGCACAGCCCGACUUUAUGGCCAACCGGGUGGCUAACCCCAACCCCACAAUCGAGGACUUUGUGCAGGCGUACCAGCCGGUCGCAAAGGCCCUCGACUACGCGUUUGAGACCCGCAUCACCAAGGACAACGCUCAGAAAGUGCAGUGGAACCUCGCUAUCGCGGCUGCACCGCUGCAGAUGCUGAUCAACGAUGCCAACCAGGCUCAGAUUAAGAACUUCCAGAAGGUGACAUCGGAGGUCGUCAGCGGUCAGAACCCACUCACCGGCACCGCAGCCACAACUCCCACCACCGAGGCCCAGCCGGCUACUGCUUCAGAUGGCACCACCGUGACAUCCACCGCAGCAACAGCUGCCACCACAGGCGCCGAUGCGACUGCCACCCCUGCCACAGCUGCGGCCGACCCUCUCGGCUGGCUGCGCAUGCCCAGCUUCCUGGGCAAGAAGUGAGCGCAGUGCUGCUGCUCGACUCUAGGGGAGAACCUUUGUUUGGUCCAAUAUUGAGGCGCCGCAUGACAAUUUUUGGGGCGCCAAAAGUGGGUUGAGUGUUGGGUUGCAUGGCAAUAAGGCUUUAAGAUUGACGAAACGACAAGAUUGGACUGGCAAGACUUUCUCAAGCAAUUCGGUGGUGCUCUCAAGUGUAUUUUCUGAUCUGUCUAGACCGACUUGAAUGAAAACGAGGGACUAAUGAAUAUGGGCAAACUGAAUUGGGGUGCUUUGAAGCUUACUUCUGCUCUCCUGAUUAUUAAUGUUUCAGUGUGAUGCCAGUGCAGAGCAUCUGGCCACGUAUUCUACACCUGAAAAUGUUAAGUGCAACUUGAAACAUGAUCAGAAUUAAAGGCUGCUUAAGCUUAUUCAAAUUCC